AUGAACCCCGGCCAUCUCAGCCUGGGGUACUCAGCGUACUGGUGGCCGAAACUAGAGCUAGACUCUCGAACUGUUUUCACAAUGCUGAAAGGCGCGUUGGCACCAACCAUUACAAUCGCAAUAUACCAGAGUAGUGCAAUCUCCGACAUCACCACUACGAUUGGCUAUCUAUCGGCUUUGAUCUCCGUCCUCUCUCAAGCGUUGAUGCCCCGUGCGAAGUUUAUGAAGAUAGUUUUCUACGACUUACUAUCUACCUGCGUGUCUGCAUCACUCUGUUGCUUAGCCAUUUUCUGCGCUGUCAAAGCACGAGAACACGAUCUACCACCAGAUGCCAGUGAGAGUGAACGUAAUGGGUUCAACAGCGAUGCAUGUGCAGUAUCUGCGAUAUGGCUGAUAUUCAUGAUUUGGGGCGCGAACUCCCUUCGCGCACUAAAGCCUAUGGAACUACAGGAUCCGAUGGUUGCCUUUUCCAUUUUUGCCUCAGUCACCAUUACCCGCGCAGGCAUGUUCACAAGUCUCUCCGAAGGGUUGGAGUUUAUUGCGCGGCUUCUCAAGGGAUUCAUGAUUGGGUUUGCGAUCGCGACCGGUGUCUCAUUACUCGUUUACCCGAUAACCAGUCGGGGGAAUGUUUUCCACGACCUGAAAGACUACAUAGCUUCAGUGGACGAUGUUCUCGAAUCACAAAUAUCAUUUGCAGAGGGUAACUCCCUCACCGGAUUUUUUAACCGACGCGCUAUUCCAGAAGAACAGACCACAAAGAGUACCAAAGAUACACAGAAGCCAUUGGCAGAUGGCGAAUCAGACCCGCAAGCCAAGGAGAAACGGCUGCAAGGAAGCAUGUCCAAACUCAACGGCCUGCACAGCAAGCUGCAUGCCGAUCUCUUCUACUCCAAAGACGAGAUCGCAUGGGGUAAACUGUCAGCGACAGAUCUAAGCAGCAUAGCCUCUCUCUUCCGAAGUCUUCUUCUCCCACUUUCAGGAAUGUCAAUGCUGCCCGAGAUCCUGGAGACAAUAAUCAAGAAUGAAGGACCUCGUGACGACGCACAGGACGAUCUCCUCGUCGAUCAAGACGAAGGGGCAAUGAAACAGAAAGAGAAACAGAAUCAAAAACAAUCCGAGAUCCAAAAAGUGGUACAAACUCACCACGCGCGGCUGGUAGAUGCCUCCGUGCUGGUGAAGCAGGGGUUAAACUAUUUUCUGUUAGCUCUGGAGUUUAUCAAGGCCAAGCAUUUAGACAAGCAAAAGAAUACGCAUCAGGGUGGAUCCCAUGCCAGGGACGAAGAAGCAAGGGGUGAAAGCUUGAAUCCGUUGUUGCCUGGGUUUACGUCACGUUUUGAACGGGAGAUACAUCGGUAUUACGCACGACGAAAAGAGUUACCUGAAGCUUUGGCGUCGCUUGAGGCAUUUUCUGCUUCUGAGAAAGUUGGUUCUGCGGCGGCUGAUGGCGCUGAGGGUGCGGGAUUAUUGGGUUCGGACCCCGAUGUACGACAGGAAUUCUUUCUGAUUCUAUUCAUGGGGCAUUUGCAAGAUGAUCUACUCAGUGCCACGUUGCAGUUGGUCAAGUUUGCAGAUAGCAAGGUUGCUGAUGGGACGAUGAAGCACAAUCGGUUUAUUUUUCCACAGCACAAAUCUAUUCGGGAAUGGCUCUCGCUUAGCACAGGACCGAAAGAGGGGAAUGAAUCAGAAUCUGAUAGUAGACAGUCGUCUCAUGUGGAUCCCUCAGCUAUACAUCGGAGUCAGGCAUUUACUGGAUUUCCUGAUCCGGAACACCUCCCGCCGACGAAUGUAUGGGAGAAAGGAAGCGCAAUACUCAGUACGAUUUCUCGUGUUAUCAGGUCUGAGCAGAGCUUGUUUGGGUUUCGAGUCGCGGCAGCUUCAUUUUCAGUUGCUAUUCUGGCAUUUUUGCAUCAGACUCAGGAUUGGUUUAUUCGGCAACGAUGCAUUUGGGCAAUGAUUGUUAUUGUUAUCGGGAUGAACCCGACUAGUGGACAAACUAUGUUUGGGUUCGUUGCCCGGAUAAUCGCAACGGCUAUUUCGCUUGUGCUCAGUUUAAUUGUCUGGUAUAUUGUCGAUGGCAAGACUCCUGGAGUUAUUAUAUUCCUCUAUCUGGCAAAUGUUUUUGAGUACUAUUUCUACAUCAAAAUGCCACAGUAUUUCGGCGCCUCAGUCAUCGCCAUAGUGACUCUGAACGUGAUCAUUGGUUAUGAACUACAGGUGAUAUCCCCAAGAUUUUACAACACGCCAUCACAAACUGAUGAAUUACAGGUCCGCAAAUUGGGUAUCACUGAAGCCGAGUCCAACGGCCAACCAUACUACCCAAUCUACAUAUUCGGCCCAUACAAACUCGCAGCCGUAGCAGCAGGAUGCGCUAUCUCAUUUUUCUGGGUAAUCUUCCCAUACCCAAUAACAGCAAAAUCCCAACUGCGCAAACUGCUCGGAAAAAGUCUCUUCGUCUUAGCCAAAUUCUACAGUGCAAUGCACGCAACUAUAGAGCUCUGGCUCGUCAACGAACUAGGUGACAUCGAAGACAAGACCUCACCAGCCUAUCAACUGCAGGGUUCAAGACAUAAGAUCUUCAAAGACGAAAUGAUGCUCCUGACCGGUCUACGAAUGCACAGUCAUUUCAGUACCUUUGAACCACCAAUUGGUGGCAAGUUCCCAAAGCCUAUAUACGACAACAUUAUCUCAGAGAUCCAACGAAUUCUCACAAGCAUGUCACUAAUGGCUCAUAUAACCCAGACUCUAGAUGCUUUAUCCGUUGAACCAGAUUCGUCUCCAUCUCCAGUCGAAGACCAGCAUGGCGAAGAAUGGAAAUCCCGUCUAGCAGAGAUAGCACUGAAGUCUACAGACUUUAACUCUCACCGUAUCACGUCAUUACUCUGUCAUCUCUCUGCUUCUAUCUCAAAUGCUCAACCUUUACCGCCUUAUCUAUCUACACCUGACUCAUUUCCACUCGCGAAGCAGAUGCAUAAAAUUGACGAUGAGUUGUUGAGUAUUCGGCAUGUGGCGGAUCCGGUAUUUUCUGCUUUUGUAACACUAGAGGUUUUGAGGUCCGUUGUCAGUUUCAGUUUACAAGAUUUGAUCAAGUAA